CAUUUGUCCAGGUCAGCCUUGAUACCGGCGCACGGAGCAGGAAGCGGGGCCUCGGCGGGGGCGGCGGCGGCGGCGCUCUCAGAGUCCGACAUGUCUGCGGUGCGGAUGGCAAGGUAGAUGCUGCGGGGGUCCUGCUCCUGUCGUCCGAACGUCAGCGCGGGCGAUCCGAGCGCCACCAAUGGAGACACAGAGAGAGACGGCGGUCAUGCGAGGGAUGAUGUAUAUGGUGGCGGUGUGCAGCGGCGUCCCCAUCGGCGACCUGCUGGAGCGAGCCGCUCAGCACUCUGACAAACUCUACUCCCUCAGCACAACGCUCACCCACGACCUGGACUCUCAUUUCCCUCCGAUGGGGCGGAUGAUGAUGCCGCGGCCGUCGCCGUGCCACACGUCCUCCUUGCAGACGCCCGGUGACAAAGAGCAAGCGCUCCAGGUGUCCGAGUCGGAGCUGCUGUCGCUGGCUCGUUCCUUGCUCCAAGCCUGGGCUGACCCCCUGGUGGUGCUGUCCUCUUCUGCCAACACCCUGCCCCACCCGGCCCAAAGCAAAAUUAUCAACAAGAUCCACGAGCUGCAGGAGCAUUCCAAGAACCUGGGAGACGGCCUGAACGUCAUCUCCGGCAAGAUGGACCCGACGGCUCGGACCAUUUCCUCGCUGCCCUACAGAGGGGGCAAUGACGUCGGUCAGGACAAGCUAUCCAAACUGAUCAAAGUCCAGUCCCUCCUGUCCUGCUUUCGCCGAGAUUCGCACAAGAUCGACAGCUUUUUGAAAGUCCUCCGUUGCCGGGCGGCCAAAAUGCAACCUCACUUGUGCUGAAGGGCAAAGCCCGCCCAACGGAAGGCCCGCGGGCUCUUCUUUUGGCAACGCUCGGAUUGUACAGCGACGCUUCCGAGUGCGACGCCGCACCAUUUGGAUGUCUUGAUGUCAAUUCAUCGGGAUGAUGAUGACGUUGUCACUUUUCACGUCAUUCUUCGACAGUCAAAUAAGCCGGCGUUGAUGGAAAAAGCUAGUAAAAAUGUUUUUUGACUGGGCGUGACAAUUGGGAUGAAAUAAAAGAAACGCCUUCCUA